AUGCAUCCAUGACCUUCAAAUAUCCAUGUCAUGUCGUGAGAUGAUAUAUUUUACAUAGACCGAUUAUAAUGUCGUGCAAGAAUGCACUUUAUCUAUCAGUUUCUGUUGGCUAUAUGAGGGAAAUACCCAAUAAAUUGGAUUAAAAGAUCAUAAACCAAACAAAUUCUCUGAUUUUUAGACCAUAAUCAUGAGAUAAUAUAAAUGUAAAUCCAAAUUUACACAGCCCGAUUAUAAUGUCGUGCAAUAAUGCACUUUAUCUAUCCGUUUCUGUUGGCUAUAUAAGCCAAAGGAGCAGCAUUCAAGUAUCCAGUUUAAUAUUAACCCAAAUGAUUUUCCGCUUUAAUAUAUUCUUCUCAGUUCUGUUGGCUGUGCUGCUGUUUCAUGGCUGUGGAGGAGCAUUUUUUUCUAAGCGAAAAUGGGACUAUGAGCCCAUUUCUAUCACCUCAACUACGUCGGAUCCCAGCCUAUUGCAUUUUGAGCCCAAACUCCAUCGAAUCGGUCGCGGAGUGUUUAAUAUAUCAGGCGUGCUCUUUUGGAACUACGAUACUACUGAGGAAACUAUGAUAGAGGCUAUUGUCUACCGAAGUACUUUUGGGGAAGAGAGCGAUUAUAAGCUCCUCCCUUGGGCAGCUCCCAAGCAAACCUUCUACGAUUAUAUGAAUACUUUCUACAAGGAUGUGAUCAUCAAGAGUAUUGGCAAAUGUUCUGAUGCUCCUCAGUUCGAGGGUAAAUUUGAACCACCAUUCCCAAAGAAAACGUAUACUGCUCAAAAUUGCGAAAUCGAAGGCGAAGGAUUACCGGACAUGGCACCUCCCGGUUUCUACAAGGUCAUAUUCAAUUGUUUUGGACCAGAUCAGCCAUCAUGGAGCAUAAUUAUUGUAGUUAAAAUAACAACAAAAAUGUUUUAAAUAUACAUACAUGACAUAUAAAUGCAAGCCUAAAAACACAAAUCUAUAUUUUACUUUAUAAAUAUCUUAAAA